AUGGCAGAUCUGGAGGUCAAGCGAUGCCAGGGGUGCAAAAAAAAACUCCCCUUAGAAGAGUUCCACCAGAGCCACUCAAAGUGCAAGUUCUGCUUCAAUGCUUUCAGAAGCAUAAAGGGGAUGGCGAACAGGCAGGGGGAGGCUGAGUGGUUCAAGGGCCUCACUGAGGGCGAGCUGUGCGACCUUUUGAAGGCAUAUGGGAAGUCGCACGAUCAGGCUAUGCGGGAAAAGGCGAAGAUCAAGUUCUCGCUCACGAGCUACCGGGAGUCAGUGCAGGCCCAAGCUGGCACGCGGCUUGAAGGCCGCAAGCGGUUGAUGAGUGAAGGAGUCUACAUCCGCUUUGCGCAGACAGAGGAGGGCGGUGACCUCACAAAGUAUCAGGCUGAGAAGAAGUGGAAUGAGAUGCUGAAGGACCCGUCGGUCUUUAAGGUGGAGGAGGAUGAUAAGCCAAAGUGCGCUGUGCUGGUGCACCAAGACCUGGUGGACUACGAAGAUCUUUCCCGCACAUGUCAGAUGAACCGUGAGCAGAAGCUGGCCAGGAUGAGCGAGGAGCAGUUCAAUGCCAAGGCAGCAGAGAGCCUAGUCUUGACUGGCCGGGAGUCCAACAAGCGCAUGGCGUCAGCUGUAGAGGCAAAUGCAAGUGCUGUGUUUAGCGGAUGCAGCGACGAUCGCCCCAGCUUCAUGCUUGACAAUGUGCGAGACUUGGCCAAGAAGCCACGGCGGGCUGAGACAGAGGAGGCAGGUACUGGUGAGGAGAGCGAUGCUGAGAAAAAGAGGGAGAAAAGCACUGGUUGGUUUGACACAGCUCAGCAGAGCGCCAAGGCCAGCCGGAUGUUUGAUGAGACGGUGCAGAAGUACCAGGGCAAGAUACAGGCGCAACUUAGUGCCAUGAAAGUGCAGAUCGACCUGAGCCGUGGCUGCGGCGGGGACAAGGUCAAGACAGAAAUCUUGAUAUGCUCCAGCCGCAUGGAGUGCCUUGAGCAGAUAAGUCAGGGAUCGCCAGCGUCUUUCACGCAGUAUUGCUUGGGGAUCAGGCAGAAGGCAAAGGAUUGCUGCAGCGUCAACUCACAUGGCUCAGCGUCGGAGGUGGCAGUCGGCGUGCUUGGCAGCCCAUGCAACAACCAUGAGUCCUUGCACACCAUGGCGCAGUUCAAGGACAUGAACAGCCUCUUUGCCAAAGUGGCGACCGCAGAUGAGCUCGCAUCGAAUUGGAAGCGCGUCAAGACUGUCACCUGCCACUGGGAUGAGUUGCUGGCUUCAUGCAGGGUGUCUUUGCAGGAGCUGAAGAAAGCAGACAAGUCAGGCGCACCUAAGGCAGCGCCAAAGAAGAGGGGAGGAGGCAAGAAGCAGAAGGAUGUUGCUGCGCCCUAUCAGGUGUUUGAGAUUGCUGACAGCAUGGGCUCCUCCUGCGAGACCAUCCCGACUGGUGAGGAGCUGCCAGAGGGCCACCCUGCUAACCGCCCCUUUGUCUUCACCGGCCCCAGCUCUUUGUCUGAAGUGACAGGCCCCUCGCGUGAGGGCAUGUCAGAGGAGCAGAAGCAUGCAGCGGACUGCCUUCGCGAGUUCAAGAUCAGCUUUGGGAAGAGUGAUUUGCGGACGGUGGCUGGCAAGGCGCAGCUGCCAUGUGGCCAACAAUGUGAGCAGUAUGUCCGAUGUGAGCUGUUCAAGUUGGUGGCCAAGAGCAGUGGUGCCAACUUUGGCAGCGUGUGGCAGGCUGGAAAUGUCACUCGCGCAAAGUAUCCUGCGCUGAAGCAGCUGAUGGUGAGCUCCUGCUAUGGUGUCAUCAAUGGGCACCGCUCGGUCAGGUUUGAGUCAGGCGCCAUGGCAACUCUGCGCUUUGGCUGUCAGAGCCACCGGCGAGUUGUUUUGGUGUCUGCGCAGCUUGUUCUGGACUUUCUCCGGGAAGAGGCUGCAAGGAGUGAGGACGGCGGCGAUGGUGGCAGCAUCUCUCAUGCUUCUGCUGUGGCUUGGCUCACGCAUGCUGGCCAGGAGGCUUUGGAUGGGUUUACGAGCGCACACCCAGGGCAGAUUUGGUUCGGGGAUGUCAUGCAGAACCAGACACUGUAUGUGCCUGCAGGGACGGUCUUUGCAGAAGCCAUCGGUGCCAAUGGGGAUUGCCUGGGCUUCAAGACGCACAUCAUUCUUGAGAAAGAUGAGCAUGGUCACAGGGUCUUGCAGGCCAUGCAAAUGGAUUCCAAGGAUCAGGGGAAACGCUCGCCGCCGAUGGACGAGCUUCUCCUGUUCUUGGCUGAGCGAGAGGCCCAGGAGCCAAAGGAGAAGGGGCAGCAGCUGAUCCAUGAGGCGCCAAAGGUUCAGGAGCCUGAGCAAGCAGGCGAAGCUGUGGAGGAGGCCAAGCCGUCAGAGGAAAAGCCAGAGCUGGAGCAGGCCAAGGAGGCCAAACCGUCAGAGGAAAAGGCAGAGCUGGAGCAGGCAGAGCUGGCCAAGGAGGCCAAACUGUCAGAGGAAAAGCCAAAGGUGGGAGAGGCAGACAAGGCCAAGGAGGCCAAGCCGUCAGAGGAAAAGCCAAAGCCGGCAGAGGAAAGGCCAAAGCCGGCAGAGCUGGACAAGGAGGCCAAGGCGUCAGAGGAAAAGCCAAAGGCGGCAGAGCUGGAGCAGGCCAAGGAGGCCAAGCCGUCAGAGGAAAAGCCAAGGGGGGCAGAGUCAGAGGAAAAGCCAAAGCUGGCAGAGCUGGAGCAGGCCAAAGAGGCGCCGUCAGAGGAAAAGCCAAAGCCGGCAGAGCUGGAGCAGGCCAAGGAGGCCAAGCCGUCAGAGGAAAAGCCAAGGGCGGCAGAGCUGGAGCAGGCCAAGGAGGCCAAGCCAUCAGAGGAAAAGCCAAAGCUGGCAGAGCUGGAGCAGGCCAAGGAGGCGCCGUCAGAGGAAAAGCCAAAGCCGGCAGAGCUGGAGCAGGCCAAGGAGGCGCCGUCAGAGGAAAAGCCAAAGCCGGCAGCCAAGGCCAAGGAGGCCAAGCUGUCAGAGGAAAAGCAAAAGCCGGCAGAACUGCAGCAGGCAGCCAAGGCCAAGGAGGCCAAGCUGUCAGAGGAAAAGCCAAAGCCGGCAGAGCUGCAGCAGGCAGCCAACAAGGAGGCCAAGCUGUCAGAGGCCAAGGAGGCCAAACCGUCAGAGGAAAAGGCAAAGCGGGCAGAGCCGGCAGCCAAGCCCAAGGCUUUGCCAAAGCAGGCAGCGCCAAAGGCGAAAAAGCUUUGA